CUAGACUCCCGUCACUGACUGUACUAUGUUUCAAGAACAUGAAUGUGAAGAAAUAGAAGAUGGAGGUGCUAGGAUUGGAAACAUCAACAUCGCCUCAGAUCUAGAGGAAAUGACUAUCGACUUCUUGUCGCAACUCUGUCAAACCGGAAAGAAGACUACUCCUAGUGACUCGCGUCAAUCAAGCGCUGAAAACUUCGAAGACUCGAAGCCCGUCCCUGUAGCAAGACCUAAGAUCCAAUUGCAACUGACAGAUAGAGUAAAGAGAACGACAUCCGGUGAAUGUGGCACAAAAUACCUCACGUUUCCUCGGAAAACCUCCUCAGGAAGUGCAAAGCCUUUCGGUGAACCUAUAUGCUUUCAACGACAUCCUCGUAACUUUGGUUUUACCGCGACCACUGUAGCUCAAAUUUUUAAAGUCCUCAGCUACAUGCACGAGGCUGUGAUUGAUGGUAUCCCGGCGACCAAACGAGACAUUUAUUAUCGAGAUGUAUCCCUGUUCAAAAAUCAAAGAGUUGUCGACAACCUCGUGGACGACAUCGCGGCGUCAUUGGAUCUGGAACGCUCGGACCUGAAAAUCCGAGCAACUGCUAAGGGGACUUUCUGUGGGUCGGGUUUAACGAUCCAUCUCAUUAACGGUGAAAUAUUAUCCGGCAGUGAUUCUGAGGCUUCCCUCGUACCCGCCGGAGAAGAUAUCGAAUCAUUCAGUGUCGAUGACGAUGUUGAAUGGGUUCUCGUUGUCGAAAAAGACGCUGUUUUCCAGACUUUGUGUCACCACAGGCUCACUGCCCUCACGGCCGGAAAGGGAAUCAUGAUUACCGGUAAGGGUUAUCCUGACGUGGCAACUCGGCAACUCGUUAAAACACUUUCGGAUUGCCUCCCGAAACGAAUCCCGAUUAUGGCCUUUAUGGACGGCGAUGCUUUCGGUAUUGAUAUCCUGUCGGUUUACAAGUAUGGUAGCCGAGCGAUGAGCCACGAAAACGAGAAACUGGCUGCGAAUCGCGUCAAGUGGCUGGGUCUUUGGUCGACUGAACUGUCCAAGAUAGGUAUAGAUAAGGAUGCACUGAUACCAAUUACUGUCCAUGAUGAGAAGAAGGCUUUGUCGCUUCUGCGGAAGAACAUGCCCACUAAAUGGAGGAGAGAACUCAAUCAUAUGUUACACAAUCGGCGCAAAGCAGAGAUCGAAGUUUUAACGACCGCCCGUUCGUUGACCAUCCCCCAAUCGUCCCAUCUGUCCAACAUCACAGGGUCUGCUUCUAUUUCAUCUUCAGAUUCCUCCUUAAAUUUAAACCUUGCCCCCACCUCGUGUCCUGCUCUGCCAUUCUCUGAAUCUCCCAACCUCGCCGCUCGUUCUUCUGGACUGUCUCCGCUACUUCAAUACAUCACGUUCAAGCUUCGGGAAGUGGUCUCUUCAGCCACACGAUCAUAAUGUACAUUAGCACGGC